ACGGCAGCGUCAGUCGUAAUCGGCAUGGACGCACGCGCGGACGUAACCACGCUAUCGUUUAUAGGUUAGAAUUGGCGCGAUUCCGUCCAUCCGCCAGGUGUACUCGCUAUUGGCUUUCUCCCUCUCGCAUACUACUCACUGUAUCCUCCCUCUCGCUCGCUACCUGCGCCCAACAGCUGUUUUCUCGGGAGAUUAGUCAGAUGUUUCUCGCGAACCAGUCGUAGCUCACCUGACGCGUUAGUUAUACUGACAUGGCCGAAGGACGUACACCAAAGCAGAGGAGAUUCGAGAUGGCUGUACCACUGAGGAACGUCUCCAAUACUCCAAGGAGAAGACGAGGAAGCUGCAAGUGUUUAUUCGGAGCUCCAGACCGAGAUGAGACAAAACGGCUAGUUGCUGAACAGUACGCGAGAGAUCGGAAACGAUUUAUCAGGCGAUUCAACUUCGAUAUAGACACGCAAUGUGCGUACAAAGCCGCCAAAUUGGACUCUCCAGUCAAGUUUUGCGAGGAAGAUAAAGAAAACGCCGAAAGUCCUGUCAGAAGCGGUGCUGCUGUUUUAACGUGCGUUGGGAACACGGGCCUGAGGUCGCCAUCACGGCGUAGCCCUGGAAGUCCUGGUAGCUCUCCCCGCACGCCCCGCACUCCCCGCACACCGAGAGCAUCUCGCACACCCGUCACUCCGCGCACCCCCGCAUCCAGGAGACAGCUGCAGAUGACAGAUUACUGGACACUACGGAAACACGCGGACGCUGCCACCAGCGAUAAAGAAAAUUAGCUAAUAUUAUUUAAAUUAAAGUUAUACAAAAUAUAAAUUUUAUAAUUUUGUAUAAUAUAUUGAAGAAUAUUUCACUAGCAUACACUGUCAAAGGGAUGCAAUGAAAUCAAGUUUUUCCUUUUUAUUAACAUAUAUUUUAUUAAUAUUACUAAGUGUGAAUGUGAUGUAUUUCUAAUCCGUCGCUGUCUAAGAAAUAGAGAAAAGUAUGUCUUUUAAUUUUUACCCGACUGCCAAAAAUGGGGUAAUGUUUUUAAGAUGUAUAUAUGUAAGUAUAUGUAAACGUACAUUUGAAUUCUGGAUCUUUGGUAUAAUGUAUAAACUGAACGAAAGGUAUUUAUAGUUUUUACAUGAAUGGCGUGGCAUGUGGAAUGCUAUAAAUUCUUGUUAAAACUAAUUCACUUUAAAGAUUAAAGUCUUUUUUUUUCUCUUAUUUUGCUUGCUAUUUAUAAUUUGUAUUAGUCAAUUAAUUUUCUAUGUACAUUAAUCAUUAUUUCUUUUAGUCAAAUCUUGUUUCAAUCGGGCACAUUACGCAAGAGGCUAAAAUGAAAUUAAAUUAAAUAUUUUUUUUUUACAUAUUGUAUAUUUCGAUCAACAAAAUUUAUCAAAUGUGCCUUCCUAGAGACUAGAGAUAAGGUUAAGGAAUGUUCCAAAGGAAUCAUUAUUUCAAAAUAUAGCUAAUGAUAAGUAUCAUUGGUGCUUGUUACUAAAAACUUUUAUAAAUUAUUAAUUUGCACGUAUUGUAAAUAGAGUAGUAGUAAUAGUAGUAUUAUUUUUAAAAUUUCAACAAUCAUUGUAAUUUCUUACUUUGAAUUAUGUUCUGAAUGGUAGAAUAUUCUAUAGUCAUUGCAUAUUGAUUAUAAAGUAAUGAAUUCUAUGUGUAUUUUAAAAACAAACAAAAAGAAUAGAAAUUUUCAAUUAAACUGUUUUUUAUGUGCUUAAGUUACUUAUGAAUUUAUUUUUAUAUAUUUAUUUUUUUCCAACCAACAGUUUACUAUCUAAUAUUUGUCUCCUACUGUAUUUGUUACGAAUUAACAAUUGAAGUCAACUUUUUUUUCGUAAAUAAAAAAUUUCAAUUGUUCAUCACAUGCAUUAAAAGAAUACUCGCCUUUUUUUCUAUUUUCAAAAAUUAAUAGACGUUUUUUUUUAUUUAAUAUCGUGCUGUGGAUAAAUUAAAAGUCUAGAUGUCUGGUCUGACAAAAUGAAUAUAUUAAGUAUCUAUGUAGAAUCUAGUCUGUGAUCUCUGCAAUAUUAUUACUCGCCUUUGUUUUGGGUGGAAACAGCUAUCUCAUAAUCUGUCCUUAAGCAUUUUAACAUAGUAACAUAUUGGUUAUAAUAUAGUUUUAACUGGGUAAUGUAACAUUUGUUUUUUUAGAAAAUAAAUAGGUAACUAAUGUUCACUUAAUUAUGAUUUAAAAAAUAAGAUAAAAAUAGUUUUUUUUAAAUAAAAGAAAUAUAAAAUAAAAAGCAUUCGAAACUUUGAGAAUCAGUUAUGAAAUUAAUAUUGUUGUUCUCGAAUGCUUUUCAUUUUUUUUUUUAUUUCCAGGACUCUAUAAAAAAUGUAAUAUGUUCCUGAUAAUAUUAUUUUUAUUAUUUUUUAUUACAACUAUAAACGUCUGUCUAUUCAUUUGACGAAAUUUCUGUUCCUAGAUAUUAUACGAGGUCUGUCCGGAAAGUUCGUAUAAAAGUGUUCUGGAAUGCGAGAAAGAGGAGUGGGGAGGCCAGGUAAGCGCAGGACCCCUUCCUUAUGUCCCUAACAAUGCUUCAGUUCUGGUCUGACCGCCGUGCGGUGCGAACUGGCUUGUCACGCCAUCUGUGAAGUUACCUCUUAACGAAACCCCGUCGGCAUGGAGCCCGCUUCCGUUGAAGAGCAGCGCGUCGUAAUCAAGUUUCUCUCGAAACUCGGCAAGAAUGGCCGUGAAAUUUUUGCCGAUCUCAGAACAGUUUAUGGGGAUGAUGCUGUGAAGGAACCAACCGUCCACAAGUGGCUAAAAAGAUUCAGAGAGGGCCGAGAAAGCGUUCAAGAUGACCCACGUUCAGGACGUCCUUCCACUUCACAUUCCGACGAAAACGUGGAAAGAAUUCGAACUUGUGUUAAUGGGGACCGUCGUUUAACGGUCAGACAGGUGGCUGAAGAGCUUAAUUUGGGCAAAACCGUGGUCCACGAAAUUCUAAGAAACGAACUUCAAAUGAAAAAAAUUUGCGCCAAGAUCGUUCCGUGAGUUUUUGAGUAAAAAUUCCAUUACGGUGACCGAACACCCCCCCUAUUCGCCGGAUUUGGCCCCGUGUGACUUCUUCUUGUUCCCAAAAACCAAAUUGGUACUUCGGGGGCGGCAUUUGGGGGACAUAAAUGAGAUAAAAAAAGCUACGACGGGGCAGCUGAGAAACCUACAACCAGAGGACUUUCAAGGAGCCUUCUCACAGUGGAAACGGCGUUGGCACAAGUGCAUUAUGUCACAGGGGGAGUACUUUGAAGGGGAUAAAAUUGAUUUACCUGAAUAAUUGUAAAAUAAAAUUUUUAAAAAACUUUUAUACGUACUUUCCGGACAAACCUCGUAUGUCUAUAUUAUGUAGAUUAAUAAAUUCCUAUAUACAACGCCAUCUGGCGGUAACUACUAUACUACCAAUAUAGGACUCCAUAGUCCGCUAUAUGAAUGUCACGAUACUAAACUAUACUUCAAUGGUGCAAAAAGAAAAUUAAUAUUAUUUUAUGAAUAUCUUUAUUAGGUACAUAAAAUUCGAAACUAAAAUUUUUCUCAUAAUUUGGGCUCUGAUAUUAAAUAAUUUCACAGAUUAAAAAUAUUAAUAGCAACUACAUUUGUAAUGUUAACUAUAAUAAUAAUUUACAGGGUACAGAGGAAUAACACCUGAGUCCUCAGGAAUGGCAACGCAUAGGGGGUGUCAUGGGCGAAACAGUAUACUCUGUUAUAUCCAUGGUACUGCUCAUGUCUAUAGGCGACGGUUACCACUUUCCAUCAGGUGGGCCGUCAGCUUGUUUGCCAUUCUAAGUUGAAUAAAAAAAAGUAUACACUUUCCUAUAGUGCUUCACUAGUGGGUGUCACACAUUAGUGUCUCAGAUGGUUUUUUUUUUUUUAAUUAUGUUCAAUUGAUAUAGUAGCCUUCAAAUGAUAAUUAUAUAUAUAUAUAUAUAUAUAUAUAUAUAUAUAGAAAGAGAACAUUUCGGGUUUAUAUAACCUUCGUAAAGCUAACAUCUUUAUAACAGCGUUAAUAGUUCCAUACAAAGUAUCCAUUUCAUACAUUAUCAUACAUGUUUAUACAUGUAUUUUCUAUCAGGUGGACUGUUAGCUUGUUUGCCAUUCUAAGUUGUAUAAAAAAAAAUCUAAUACAUAAUUAUAGGUUUAUUAGUUUUUGUAUUAAAAAUCUCGAAUAUACGAUUCGAAUAUUGAUAAAUUAUCUACUAUAUAAAUUUUUUAAUCAAGUUGCUGACACUCAUUAACGUCCUAAUAAGUACUUAAAAUUGUACUAAAAUCUUUAUAAAUAACAUAAUUUAAUGUCACAAUUUAAAUAAUAACAUAACUCAUAAUUAUAUUAUUAGGAAAAUAAAUUAUUAUUAAAGCGGGUCUCUUAAAUAUACCUACGUAAAUUAAUUACAGUUAACAUUUUUAAGAGGGCCUUCCCAAAACAAUGGCAACAUGGUUAUUAUUUUAUUUGUCAAGUUUUAUAUUUUUUCAAUAUUAAUUAGGGUUGGGUAAUAUACAGCAAUAUCUAUAUAUUUUAGUUACAAUAUCUAUCUAUGUACUGGUUCAAUAACGAAUAUAUUAAAAGUCUGUUAUGCAAAUAAUUAUAUUGGAUAAAAGAAUUUCAUUUACAAUUUCAUUUUUCAUUUCAUAUUUAAGAGCUGAACUCUUGUCGGUGGAGCUCUUGCCACUCACUACGAUUUUCAGCGAGUAUCUUCACCUCUUCAUACGACACUACAGCAACUUUUUCCUCGUUUUACAUGAUGUAACUCUGCCUUGAUCUCCCCCUUCCCCUCCUUCUACUUUACCUUCCAUUAUAAUAUUCAUAAGUUCGUCGUAUCGUAUCAAGCGUCCCAACAAUAUUUCCCUUCUUAACUCAGUAGUGUUUAUAAUAAAAUAGUAAUAAUGUAAAACUUGACAAGCAAUAAUAAAUCUGUUAUUAUUUGGAAGGAUCUCUUGAAACAUACGUACAUAACAUACAUAAUGUACAUUUAUUCUCUAUGUAGCGUGAACUAAAAAUAAAUUAUGUUUUAGGAAAACACAUUUUUUAUGUAUAUUUUUAAGUACAUAUUAUAUUAAGUAAUACAUAUUAUAUUAAUGAACGAUACGCUUUGUGAAGGAUUUGUGUUAAUAAAAUGUAACUACCAAGAUAUU